CUCGCGUCCCCGCGCCAUUCCCCGAGCCGCCGGCCCCCGCGCGCCCCGGCCAUGGAGGGCCUGGUCAUCCGUCCGGCCAAGGGCUACCGGGUGGUGCUGCUGGGCAGCGUGUCGGUGGGCAAGACGGCGCUGGCCACGCAGUUCGCGUGCGGCUCCUUCCCGGAGACGUGCGAGCCGUCGGUGGAGGACCUGUUCAGCAAGGUGAUCGAGGUGAACGCGGCGCCCGCGCUGCUGGAGAUCGUGGACACCGUGGGCGCCGAGCACCUGGUCACGCUCAAGGACCUGUACAUCCGCAACAGCGACGGCUUCGUGGUGCUGUACAGCGUCAGCAGCGAGGCCUCCUUCGAGGCGGUGCGGCCGCUGCGCCGGCGCAUGGGGCAGCUGCGGGGCGCGCGCGCCGUGCCGCUCGUGCUCGUGGGCACCAAGGCCGACCUGGCCGCCGAGCGCCAGGUGCCCACGGCGCAGGGCCGCGCGCUCGCCCGCCAGUGGCGCUGCCCGUUCCUCGAGGUCACGGCCAAGAGCAAGCUGAUGGUGGACCGCGUGUUCACGCAGGUGGUGCGCGAGAUGGAGGCCCUGGCCCCGCGCGCCGCCCCGCCGCGCCCGCCCGCCCGCGCCCCGCGGACCUGGCUGCCCGAGCGCUACAUCGGCUAGGGCGGAGG